UAUAAGAAAUUAAAUUUAAAUUGAAGAAAACUUUGAGAAACCCUAGGUUUGUAGUCGUUGAGAAUAUUGAGGACGGAGAGAAUUUCGUUCCCGUAUAAGAAAGCGGAGAUAAUAAUUGAAUUAGGGUUAAAGUUUUUAACUUCGAAAUUUCAAUGGCAAAACGUGAACUUUCCAGCACGUUGAAGAACUUGAAGUUCAUGCAAAGGGCUUCUUUGAUAGAAGAGAAAACCAAUAUAAAAGUUGAGGUCAAACAUGGCACAAAUUCUCCUACAACUAGAAAAUGUGUGGUUUUAACAGAAGGUGAUCCUCAUCCAAGUGCACUUAAAGGUCGCAUGUCAUUUCAAAAUUUUAAUCCUUCUGUUGAAAAACUAAACCCCAUAGAAGAAAAUUUCAGCCAGGCAGCUGCGAAACCUGAAACUGCUAUUUCUAGAAAUGAAAGUGAAAAUGCAUCUUUUAGAGAAAGUAGCACUUCAGUUGAAGGUCAAGGGUGUUCUAACUUGAUCAAAGAAAAUUACAAGGUUAGUGGCAGUGUUAAAAGGAAACAGAAGGAGAUAAUCUGUGAAACACAGUAUCCUAGUAAAUCACCCAAGAAUGGUAAAGGUAAUAGAAAAUCAUCCUCAAAACAUUGUUUGGUCUCUGUCAAGAAACAGAGAGGAGGUGUGGUAGGUUGGAAUGUUCUUAGAACAGCAAAGUGUCAAACUAAAUAGGUCCAGUUCUUUGAUUGUUAGUAUAAAUCAAGGUAGAGGGCUGGCUCUGUUUCAAGUUUCAACCCCUGGGAAUUUUGGGUCUGUAAUAUUUUUUUCUUAGGUUCUAUUAACCUUGAAUUAUUUUAAACUUAUCAACUUUCAUCAUUUUUUAUUUUUUGUAUACUUAGCUUGAGAGUUUUGGCAGAUGUAGAUAGAAUAUUUUAUGUUAA